AUGUUUAGCUUCGUUAUCAUUCUUACCGGAUUCUUCACCAGUUAUGUCCUUUAUUACGGGAUUGCGGUGCUAGUCGACCGACGCAAAGCCAAGGUGCUUGGCUGUCAACCAGCUCCUUGGCAGAAAAACCAACUUCCUCUGGGAUGGGAUCAGCUACAGAGGAUAAGAGCGGCGAAUGAUGCUGGGAAUUUUCCUGAGGAGAUGGGUAAGAUGUUUCAAGAAGAAAGAUGUCGAACAUUCAAGGGCAGCAUGCUGGGGUCGACCUUCGUCCAGACCAUUGAGCCGAGAAACAUCCAGGCUCUACUUGCUACGCAGUUUAGAGAUUUCGAACUUGGGGAUUUACGCCGCCGUACAUUCUUUCCCAUGUUGGGCAAUGGAAUAUUUACUGCUGAUGGGCAAUAUUGGGAAACGUCGAGGGCCAUGAUCCGACCCCAGUUCGCACGAGACCAAGUUGCAGACCUACAACUUGAAGAAACCCAUGUUCAGGAUCUUUUACAGCAACUCAGAACGGAUCCUCACGGCUGGACAGGACAGAUAAACCUCAGCGCCUUGUUUUUCCGGCUUACUCUGGAUUCAGCCACCGAGUUUCUCUUUGGCACGAGCGUGCAUUCACAACGUCAACAGAUGGCAAAUAGCAAAUACGAGUGGAAGGAUCUCGCUAGGAGCUUCGACACUGGCACAAAGGUUCUGGGUGAGCGCAUUCAGCUCCUUGAGUUUUACUGGCUACAUAACCCACGAAAGUUCCGUGACAGUAUCAAAGAGGUACAUCGCUUUGCCGACUUUUGUGUCCAAGAAGCACUAGAACGAUCACAAAAUUCGAAGCCAGGAGACGCCUCCACAUCUGCCCUCAAGCCAAAAUAUACAUUUCUCGACGAACUAGUCAAAGUCACCAAGGACCCUAUCGAGCUGAGAAGCCAACUCAUGAAUGUGCUUCUCGCUGGUCGUGACACAACGGCAAGUCUUUUGAGUUGGACGUUUUGGCUGUUCGCUCGUCACCCGCGUGUGUUUAACAAGUUGCGGACAAGAAUCCUCGACGACUUUGGGCCCUACGAGCACACAGACAAAAUAUCAUUUGCGUCUCUGAAGUCAUGCACCUAUCUUCAACAUGUACUGAAUGAGGUCUUGCGUCUUUACCCCCCAGUUCCUAUGAAUGGCAGAAGAGCGACCAAGGAUACAACUCUGCCGAUUGGCGGCGGAGCUGAUGGAAAGUCACCCAUCUUUGUCAAAAAAGGUGAAGAGGUCUGGUACUAUGUCUGUGUUAUGCAUCGACUGGAAGAGUUCUGGGGACCGGAUGCAGAUGAAUUCAAUCCAGACCGCUGGGCAAGUCGCAAGCAUAGCUGGGAGUAUUUGCCUUUUAAUGGCGGCCCACGCAUUUGUCUAGGGCAGCAAUUCGCUCUGACCGAGGCAGGAUAUGUGAUAACAAGACUGUUACAGAGGUUUGACCAGCUGCAACUUGAUAAAGAGUCCGAUACACCGCCGGCUCACCGCUUGGGCGUGACAGAUGCACCUGAGGAGUAUGUGAUCUCUCUUCACGAAGCAAAAUAG